AUGUUGCGACCGGUAGAGAUGAUACCGAAUGUGGGUACCGAAUGCACCCAUAGCCCUGGAGUCCCCCAAGUCCUCUUGCGAGAGUUCUCGGAAGGGGAUUUGGAGUCGUCAUUGGAAGGAGAGCCGUCCUACCGUUCGAGGCUGGUGUUGGCGAAGUCAGAAGGUCGCGUCAAGUGGACGGAUGAAGGGACAUCUGAACGCUUCGACUUCCGCGCCUCGUGUGCCAUCAGUCCCCCAUAG